AUGAAGUUUGGCUCGAAACUAGAAACAUUCCUGGUUCCAGAAUGGGCCGAUAAAUACAUCAGAUAUAAGUACCUAAACAAGCUACUAAAAUCAGCACAAAGAUUUAAAGCCAGUGAAAAGGAAGGAGAUGAGGAUUUGGAACUCCAAUCUAAUAUCUUUGUAUUAGAUUUAGACGAUUCCAAAAUUAAAUCAUUUGAAAAACUUAAUAAAACCAAGCAAAAAAGCUCUUUUGAGAAUGAUUUAUCAAUAGAAAUUCCAGAACUGGAAGAUAACAUGGGAAUUCGCGAAGAUCUUAAGCCCACAAUAUACACAAUGCCCAAAUCUAACACAUUUCCUAACUCCAACGCGGAGCGUUUCAAAUCUUCACCAAACUUAGAGGAUCCAAAAACGACACAAAAGUCUAAGAAUGUAAUAGAUGUGAUAACAAUAGUGGCAGAAACGUUCGAGGAAAAGGGGCAUUUGAAUUUUCAACAAAUACCAGAGGUAGUGGAACUGAGCCAUGGAUUACCGAACAAAUCACCUAGUGUGAUUAAUAAGUUGAGAAGUUCAAUGGCAAAAAUUGAAAUUUUAGACCAAGAAACUGAGAAAAAUGAUCUUGAUACGAACUUGAAUUCGAAAAAUGUAGAGACUGAAAAUGCAGUUAAAGAAUUAAAAGUUUCCGCACCAAUGAAAUCUACAGGUCAUACAUACGGUCCUUUAAAAAGAAGAAAAUUCAGGAACAAAUUUGUUAGGAAAAUGUCAUCCAAAAACCUUUCUAUGUCAAGGAAUUUGGCAGGCUUCAAAUACGACCUAUCGUCAAAAGUUAAUAAAAUAUACUUUAGAAAUAAGAAGAUUACAACUCCAGAUUCACAAGCAUGUUUUGACAAGUCGUUGAGAGAUGAUAUAAGGACAGUAAUCAUGCAUUACAAUUCAGAAAUGGAAUACAUUACAAUUCUAAUUGAUUAUCUGAGAAAAGAUGUGGUUAACAGGUCAGGAGAUCUAGAUAAAUCGCACAUUAAGUUGCUUCAAAAAGCAGUUACAGCACUUUGGGAUUCGUCAGAUAAGCUGAAAUCAUAUUUAAAUACUAAUAUCCUAGCAGUUUACAAACUGCUAAAAAAGAAGGAUAAACUUCUACACACUAAUGAUUUAGUCGCAUUAUAUCCAUCAUAUAAGCAGACUUUACUGUCGAUCGACUCGUUUAAUGAGACUAAUGAGGCAAUUUUAUCACUAUAUGAGCUAAUUUCCGAACCCGAAGCAGUUGAUUUUAACAAGAUGAAGAUGGAAGUGGAAUCGACAAUGGACUCGAAUUUUAUUCCAGCCUAUUAUCUUUCAUACAUGAUGGGACUAUGUAGUGUACUUUUCCUAAUGAGUGUUUUAUUGAGUUUUGCACACUUUGGCAAGGGCUUUAAUAUAUCACUGCUGUUGGCCCAUCUGCCUAUUUUUAGAGUCUUUUUUAUCUUUGGUGUCAUUUGGUGCGGUAUCGGCUGGUGCCAAAAUUACCUAGAAACCUACGGAGUCAACUACCAUUUAUCAUUCACUAAUAGGUUUUUGUUUCAAUUAAGUAAUAACUAUUCGGUUGAUGAGAAGGAUUUCUAUUUCUUUGGAGCGUUGCAAUCAUUUGUGUGUCUUUUGUUAUUCGUGUUCUUUAUCUUGGACUGUAAAAUAGACUUCUUUGGAAAUCACAACCUACACUUCAUUUAUCCAAUAAUCUUGAUUAUCUGCUCGUUCAUGCUCAUUCUCCUCCCAAAGAAGAACUUUAAACUCAAACUGAGGAGGAAAAUGCUAUUCGCAAUAUUCAGAUCAUUGACCUCACCAGUCUGCGUUGGGCCGCCAGUUUCACUGGCAGAUAGUAUUUUGGCUGAUGUCUACACUUCACUCACCAGGUCUUUCGUCGAUAUUGUUUACAUUUUUUCAUACUUCACGUAUGGAUUAUCGAACAAUACACAUCACAUGCAUGAAGGUAAUUUGAGAGUUUAUAAAGUGAUUUCAGACGUGGUUAACUGGGUGAUUCCCAGUGUUAUGAUAGCGCCGUUCUUUCUUAGGUUUUCACAGUGUCUCCGAAGGUAUAUUAACGAGAAUCUGUGGAUUCACUUUGGAAACAUGGUCAAGUACAUUUCUGGAAUCAUCUGCGUAGUGGUUUCAUCGCUUAAAUGGCCACUAAGUGCGGGAAACGACAGACUAGCGGUCAUCAUAACGUGCUACAUUAUGGCCACAAUCUACAACUUUCUCUGGGACUUUUUCGUAGAUUGGGGUCUAUCACCGCCUCUUAACAUUUUCAAAAGGAGAGGAGAUAGAAGAAUGUAUAGAUUGAAAGCAUACUACAUAGCGUGUUUGGUGAACCUGCUGUGUAGAUUAACAUGGGCAUUAACGGUGACUCCAAUAAAGCCAAUUGAACAUCAGGAGUUAUCACACAACAUCAUGGUGUUUAUAAUAUCACUGGUCGAGAUUUUCAGACGAAUAGUGUGGGUCACGUUCCGGCUGGAAACUGAACACCUGCUGAACUCGUAUAAAUAUAGAACGGCCCUUUGGGUCCCGAAGCUGUAUAAAUGUAAGACGGCAAUCGUGAAGGAACUCUCGGUUUUGAACAAAUGA